AUGGAAGAAAAGCAUAACGUUGAAACGCUAGGUAAAGGCUGCGACUCUGCUGAAGAGGAGAAUGAACGCCUGAAGAAGAAGCUCGCAGAAUUGGAGGAGUCAUUACUCCAGAAGGGAAAGGAAAUAGAAAGUCUGAACGACACCUCGCAGAUGCAGGAGACUCGAGGUCUGCGGAAGGAGGUCCAUAUCAUGGAAGACAGAGUUCAGUCACUUCCAAAGAAGAACGAAGAAGACAAGCCUAAGAAUGAAGCUUUGGCUGAAGAGGCCAAGGCGAAAGGAAACAUGUUCUACAAGCUUGGACGCCUGGAAGAAGCUUGUGAAUGUUUCUUCAGGGUACUGGAUCUGGCCGACGACCAAGCAGACUGA